AUCCACGAUGUUUUCCAAGAGAUAGUCCUUGUCACUGACCUUUAUUAGAAUCCCCACCUCCGCAAGUGACAUCGAGCGACAAUUCUCUUGUAUAUAAAAGAGAACGUUAUGAAUAUCGCGUGAAUUCCGUUCCGCGCAUCGCGACCGUAUUUUCGGAUUAUUAACAGAAGUAGAAAUUCAACAAUAAAUUGAUUUGUUUCUUGAAAAAAAGGCCAAUUACAGCGAGGAUGGCCUUUUUGUUGAAUAUUUUCAUCAUCACGUAUUUAUCAUUCUCAUCUUUGAUAUAUGUAACAGGACAACAAGCGUCAACAGGACAGGAACAGGUAUCGAAAGUAUGCCUGGGAUGUAUAUGCGAGGUUGCUUCUGGAUGUAACGUUACAAUCGGUUGCGAUGAAUCUGUUUGCGGGCCGUUUCGUAUAACGUGGGCUUAUUGGGUUGACGCUGGCAAACCUACUCUUAACGACAACGCAAAAGAAAAUGCAUAUGCACAAUGCGUGAACGAUCCUUAUUGCGCAGCUCGCGCAGUACAGGGCUACAUGGCGAAAUUUGCUCAGGAUUGUGACGGCGAUGGUAAUAUCAAUUGCUACGAUUUUCUUCGUAUUCAUCGAUUCGGAGGAUAUGGAUGCAGUGGCAAUUUGAAUUCAAAAUAUGAGAACACUUUCAAGCUUUGCAUGCAGACUUUUAGUAAAGAAUAACUAAAUAAAUAAUUAUGCAGGAAUAUUUUAUUUUAGAGACUAUACUGCGUAUAAAUGUUUGUGUAUCUUAAUAAAUUAUAAAAACUAA